GAGGGAACCCAUUGUUGGCGGCAUUUAGGCACCAUGUCCCUUUAUGUUUUAGCUUGGUGUCGGCUAUUGAACCCGCAAGUUCUUCAUUAUCGUAUGCCCUUCAUCUGCAUUGAGCAAACGCUAUCCCUGUGAUGGCUGUCCCUCGCCGCUGUGUCUCCUGCGAGUCAAUCGGAAGACUCCAGGCGUGGGUAGCAGGGAAGGAGAAUUGCAGGUGGCGGACGUAGGGGCGGCGUGGCCGGCAAUGUCUUACCCUGGCCCUGCAUUCCAUGAGGUGGCCAGAGCCACGACGGACGCCGCAUCUGCACCCACGCACACCCUAGCGCGGCCCGCCCAUUCCUGGAAUGCCCCGAAUGUCUCUGCUCGCGGCGGCUCGGAGUCUUGAGCUGACUCUCUCGCAAACUCGGGUGGCGGAUGGUUUUUGCUGGUGGGACGUUGGUGAAGAAUGCUCCCGCCCUUUAAUGGGUUCAGGGCGACGAUGUCGUGAAGAAGAUGGCUGGUGAAGCAGAUGUGGAAUUCGAGCUCGAAUAUCGAGCUUGAGGCUGAAGGUUUUCUUUUCUACCCAGCGGUCCCCCAGAUCCUGUGGUUUUGGUCUCGAGCAUCUAAGCUUCGGGUCUUGUCGGAUCUUGGCCUAUUCGCCGCCUUGGGUACUCUCAAUCUGAGGCAUCGCCAUCGCAUCCGUUAGAUAUCCGACUUUAUUACAGUUUCGAUUCAUCUGCUAUUCACUCCAUCUAUUUCUACCCCUUCCGCGCAGGGACAUCGAUCGACUCGACAUCGAAACGCAGCCGCCCACAGACUUGUCACAUCCGAGGGCGAAACCUCUACAAAUCAUGGGAAUCGGCCCCUAUGUUGGGAGCUACACGGGUGGCCACAGGAUAUCGAAACAGACACCGCGCUCUUCAUCGGCGCCUAGAGGGGACCACAUAAUGCGAGCGGGAAGCGACGUCGAGCACGCUGGGCGGACGGCGUUGCCGCGGCUGACGGAGCGGCCAUGGGUUGCGCGGGUCAUGGUGACGGCGCUGCUGGCGUUGCUGCUCUUUGCCAUCAUCGGGUCCAUCGUGUCGUGCAUCGUGCUGAGCGGGGCGGUCGGCAUGCCCGAAAUGUGCCUGGCGCAGUCGUUUAUGUUUUUCGCCGUUAGUCCAUCUAAACCGUCUGACCUCUUUUACUCACGACAUGCUGACAUCCCUGAGCGGUCAUCGCAGUGCAUACUCUCGCUCCUCUACAUCAUCGUGCACCUGGUGGCGGCGCGGCGCAACCUGCCGCUCGACAGGGCGCGAGCACUACAGCACCCGCUGCAGUCGUGGGCCAUCAUCGUGGCGCGCGUCGCCCUCGUCUUCUGGCUCGUGUCUAUGGUGGCGGUGCCGGCAUCCUUCUCCAAAUUCAACAAGGCCGACACGGCGCGCAUCCGGCCGGGCCACGUGGACUUGGUUGUUUGUGCCUUUGGCCUGAUCACAAUGUUCAUCAUUGUGUACGUCGUCGAGUCCUCGGAGCGGCCGUUUACGCUCCCGCGCAUCUCGCGCACCUACGACAUGCCGCAGCCCGAGCAUGUGACGUGCAGGAUUAGCGCGCUGGGGCUGGACGUGGAUACCAAGCCGCCGUCGUCGCACCGAUCCAAAAGGUCACGGGCGGGCUCGCUGGAAACCCUGGAUGAGAAGUGCGAGCAUGAGUACGCCGACGGCCUGACGCCGCUCGAUAUGGUUGGGCACGAGAUCAGGAUCAACGGCCACUUUGUGGGCAACGGACAGAAGCUGCAGCAACAGCAGCAGCAGCAACAACAUAACCGGAACAAGAGUAGCAGCACCACCAACAGCGGUGUCCGGGGAAGAACGGCGUCGUCGACUCCAUUGGGACCACGGUCCAUGUCGACGGCAACCAGGGCUGCAUCGACGACACGGGGCGAGGCAACUCCGGACCGGGCGCUGCCACAGCAACCUAGACCGACAUACGCGCCCCGGCUACGAGGAGAUAGCGGCAGCAAGACCGAGGAAGGCAUCAGAGGUAGCGGGGCAGCAACUCCAGGGCCGACGCCAAGGUCCACGACACAACCACGGCUAGCAGUUCCGGGCGACAACGCAUCGGCUGCGGGGUGGAAGUCACAAUGGAGCCAGCUCAAAGCGGACGCGGGGAUCGAAUCGCAGGGCAGCACCCCAGCAAUGAGCAGUACGACCAUGUUCUCAAAUACGUCCAUGGCGCGGCGGGGGACGACAGGUAGCAGUAGCAGCAGCGGCAGCAGCACUACCCGGGGGCCUAGGAUGAUGGCGUCUAGGUCGAGCAGUGUACACGCCGCACAAGCACAGCACACACAGUCGGCGAUCCACGCAAGCAACGCCGGCGGGCUGGGCUGGGACCCGCGGUACGGCGGCUGGCCGGCGAGGCAGCAGUCGUGUCAUCGGCCGAGGCCACCGCUGCACUAUGCGCAACCCCAGCACCCUGGGUAUCCUUCUGUCGGGCAGCAGCCACGGCCGCGGAUGGGACCUGUCAGCAUGAGUGCAAGGAGCAGCGCGCCAGUCAGGACGCGCGGGCACGAGGUGUUUGGACAGGCGGUGAGGCAGCUUAAAAGUCAGGGGUUGCCGCCGCGGCCGGUGAUGACGGGCAGGGAGCAGAGGGUGCCCGGCAGCUGGGAGUAGAUGCUGCGGAGUAGAAUUGGAGAUAUGGUCUAGAUUUACAAGUAGUUAAAAAAGCGGAUAUCGGGGCAGGUGAACUUACCUAACACAACCUCGGCUAUCGGUGCUUGCCGGCGUAGAGAUAACACGCAAUGGGCAGGUGCCGCCCCACUU